CCGCUUACUGGCAGUACCAGGGAUUAGCAGACACAAGAGGUCCUGAGACGGGGCGAUUUGUUUAUUCAGAUCUCUACGAAAGAGAGAGACAGAUAUCAGUUAUUCAGGUCUCUACAAAGAAAGAGCUAUCCGUUAUUCAGCUCUCUAUAUAGAGACAGCCCUGAUAAACAAUAAUUAUGCUCGACGGUGCGGAGAUCUGAUGGCGACGGAAUGCACGCAAGAAGCGGUUUUAUGUUUUCUAACGGAGAGAGGAGGGAGAGUGAAGAACACAGAUUUGAUCGACCAUUUCCGAUCCGUUGUUUCCUGUGACCCAGAGAGAAGAGCCGCGGUUAAAGGGGAGAUUAAGAGCUACGUGGACCGGGUGGCGGUGGUGAGAGUGGAGAACGGAGAGAAAUACGUGUGUCUAAGGAAAAGGUUCAGAGGGUCGGUCAAACGACAGGAGGAGGAGGAGAAGGAUGGACUGGACAACAGCAGCAGCGCCGCCGCCGCCGUGGUCCUGGAAACCAGCCUCAGCGCUGAGGUUACCCAUGGCAACCGGAGGGAUGCAUGCCUCGCGCCGGUUAUACCUGAUGCGUCUCAGAGGCACGCGCUUGACGUCCCGUCAGAGAACAAAGACGCAAAACAAGAAAUACCACCUGUCUCGGGCGGCGCCAGCGCAGGUGAGCGCACACCUUGGGAUAUUUCGCAAACUAAUCCGGAUGUCAAACCCGAGGAUAAGACGAGAAUGGGAAACGCUGGCGCUGGGAAUCGCAGCAGGUCUAAUACUACUACCAAUAAAGAUGAUGCACAAACCACCGGAGAAUGCACUCCAGUAAGCGAACCGUCUCCUUUACCUAAGGCUGUCUUAAAUCGCCAGGAUUUACCGACGACGCACGCCGAUUCCCCGACCGAGAGCAGAUCAGAACGCGAGAACGGGAGGAGUGGAGGAUCACCGGGGCUUUGUCGAGACUUGCGUGAGGGCGGGACGCAUGAGGGACGCUCGGAAUCUCACACACCCAGGGGCAGGCGGAAAAGUUUUCGUGGGAGCACGGUGAUCGGCUCUCCGCAGGUACGACGCAGUGUGGUGCACAGGCACAGCCGACACUCGGCGAAGAGCGACGGCGAGAGCACCGCGACCGCGCAGGGUGAAGAUGAGAGCGCGACCGCGACCCUCGACCCCGUGGAGCACGCGUGGAUGAUGUGCGCCUGCGACGGCGAGUGGGACAGUCUGCGGAGAAUGCUGGACACCGAUCCCGGGCUGGUGUCCAAGCGGGAUUUCGUGACCGGCUUCACGUGCCUGCACUGGGCGGCCAAGCUGGGUAAGCACGAGCUGCUCGCCCACAUCGUGAACUUCGCGCGACAGCGCGGCGUCGCGCUCGACGUGAACGCGCGCUCGAGCGCCGGCUAUACGCCGCUUCACCUGGCCGCCGCGCACAACCACGUCGAGGUGAUCAAGAUGCUGGUGGGCGCGUGCGACGCCGACGUCGAGGCGCGCGACUACAGCGGCAAGAAGGCGAGCCAGUACCUGCGUGACGACGUCGCGCGAGACGUCCUCGACAUAGCCGGCGCCGACGCAGAAAGGACGCGCGACCCUGUCGCGGAGCUCGCGGGGGGAGACGAGGCCGCGCGCUGGAAGCUGCCCCGGGUUCUCCACGCCAACCUGCGGUUGCUGAAUCGCAGCGCGAGCGAGGACGACGACCGGGACAGUGAUGCGAUCAAGCCACUUCGCCGGAAGUCGUCGUUUAACAAGCUAAAACCAAGGAUAAAUAAGGCACGCGCGGGCAUCACAGCACCUGUGAUUGUUCACAGCACGUCUCAUUUUGAUCGGCUCGAAGGAGCCACUUCCGGUCAGACUUCUGGCCCCUUCAGAUCCAGACCCAAGUCUAACUUAUUUGGGUGAUCGUGCACGUGCGAGUUAUCUCAGACUUCUCAGACUUGAUGCUCACACACACACACACACACACACACGGGGUUCAGUACACUAACAAUCUGUCAGGGGGCCAAAACUUUUGCCUCGCAUGCAAAACAUCCUAAAUGCACAGAGAAUCCACCACCAGCACCUGAGAUCCAGUCGAGUGCGCAAGUUUGCACAUCCCUAGGUUUUAUCCACUGUGAUAAAAUCUUUGCUAAAUUAAUCUUGUUUUAAUUCAAAUCCUGUUAUAACACUUGAUCCAGCUCUUAUUUUUAUUUUUUAUUUUUUAAAGAAAACAUAUCUACAUGCUCUGGCAUGGUCUUUGUUUAAUUUAUUUUAUUUGCUUAAUAAUUAAUUAAGGCGUGUACUUUAAUUUGUGCACUUUAAGUUGUAGACAAACAAACUCUAGCAGUUUGCAGGACACAGACACCCAAGUGCAGGAUGAAACAACUUUAAAAGCCUUUAGGAGACCUAGAACAUAUUUUGUUUUUCACAGACAUGGAAAAUUUUGAAAGAUUAGAAAUGGCAUCAUUCAGACAAACAAACAAACAAACACCAGCAGCCUGCAAAAAGUCUUGGAUUAGCCUACUUCUUCAUUUUUCUAAACUUUUAUAAUGAAGGAAUAUAUGAAUUUAAAAACAGCAACAAUUCUUAAAUACUUUUGAAGCGAAGGGAUGCAAACUUUUGCACUCACUCAUCGAAACAGUUUAAUCCAACUGGUUUAUGCAGUUGUAAACAGGAGCUGAAAGUACAUUAGUAUUUUAACAUAAUACUAUUUUAUACAUGUACAGUACUGUGCAAAAGUUUUAAGCACCAUAUUAUAUGUAAUACAAAUGUUAUAUAUGUUUAUCAUGUCUGCAUUAUUAUGUACAAAACCAUUCGCUAUUUCCAAAUAUUCUUUAUAAAUGUAUGAAAUAAUAACAAUACAUAAAAAAUAUUUGCUUUCUGUAAAGCAGACCAGUUUUCAGAUGGAAACAAAAAUGCAGAAUCGUGUUUUUUGUUGUAUGAAAAUAGAAAGAAGCGAGUGUAACAAAGUUACCAGAAGAACUGCGGCAUGUUCUCUAGCAAGCUCGUAAAACCUAACAGCUGUUGUACUUAUAAAACUGCACAAAUCUCUAACACUACUGAUUAUUUUUAAGCAAAGAGUUUUCACACCAAAUAUCGACUGUGUUCAUUUCAUUACUCUUUCGUGCUCUUUAUAGAAUUUUCUUUUCAAUAUGUUGAUGUAUUAUCAAAGGCAAUAAACAAAAAUGUUCCCAAAACAUUCCCAAGACGUUCCCAAGACAUACAACUUUUGCACAGUACUUUAAGUAAAACAGCUGUUAGGUUUGAGUGUGAUGGAGAAUAUGGAGUUCUUCUGAUGAAUUUGUCACAUUCACUCCUUUCGAUUUUCAUGCAAAACCCAGGAAUCUGCAUUAUUUUUACUUUUGGUUUCUAUUUGAAAACUGAUCUGUCAUAUAACAUGUUGCUUUAUUAUAGCCAUACAGAUAUUGUUCAAUAAUGUUUUUAUAAAUUUUUAAGGUAUUCUUAGAAAUAGUGAAUAGUUUUGUACAUUAUAAUAGCGACAUGAUAGACAAAACAAACAUUUGUACUAAAGAUAAGACUUUGCACAGUACUGUAUAUGUAAAUAUAUUAACCUGUGAACAUACUGUAUCAUACUGUGCAUAAUUACUUCCAACACCUUUAACUAAAUAUUAGAUCACAUCUAAAGUAACCCUGCACUGAGCCUCGAGUUAAUACCGAUUCUACAAUAAAAGUUUUUUUUACUUAGGCUUAUAUCUAAUAUGUAGAAAAUAUAAACAACACUAUGGAGGUAACAGACUAUCCAUCCAUGUGUACUGCCAUAAAUAUUAUAAAAAUGUUUUUUUUUUUAUUCGUUUACCAGCGUUUACUGGGGCAGGGUUAGCUCAAUCGGGGGUUAAGGUGUUGGAUGCUCAGGAGGUCUCUGGUACCAGACCUGACACCACCUGGUCGCCUCUGUUGGAUCCUUGAGCAAGGUGCUUCACCCCACAAGUGCUCAGAUACAAUCCCGAACCAGGAAGUAACUGCCAGGAAAACGAUGCAUAUAUCUCCAGGGUGGAGUGUAUUGGCGAUGUGCUGGAUGGCACGUAGACAGACCUUUCUUUUCACUAACGUUUAUUACCUGUAGAUGCAAAGCACCUUGUGGGCCUGUCUGUUUAAACGGCAGGUUGAAACUGGAACAGUUUAACACCAGCAAUUGCAAAUUGUGUGCAUGCAAACCUCAACCUGUUACAUCACAAACGAAAAAAAACCCUGGACUUAUCUGAACUGAGCCGGUCCCCUGUUUCACAUAGAAAGAGUCAUUUUAGGGACCAGCCCAGACUUCUGUAAUUCCAUUAAAUUCAGAUAAACACAGGGGAAUAAAAAUGAAAACGUUCGGGUGGCCUAUAAGUGUUGCUUUGCAUUAUCGCUGCUCAGUACGUACUUUACUGCAAUUUUCGGAUUAAGCGCUUUACGUUUACACUGAAUGUUAUUUUUGUUGCACUUUUCAGUAGGAAGGCACUAACAAUCCCAACCCGCUAAGUGUUCGAGCACGUCUGAAAAUGUUAGCGUCACUGUGGUUGUUUCAUGUGAGCAAGCUCGAGCUCGUUCCCUCCUCACACACACUGCUGAUCGUGUGGCAUGACCACAUGAGGACUUUGAUGUAGGGAAAAACACAACUUUUCCAGGAAUACACAAAAAAAACUGUGGGUAUUUCUUUAGUUUCGCUAGAAAUCCAGUUUUUCUCUGAUAGUUUACUCUGGUUUGUUUUGCGUUCUGUCGAAGGUCACGGUACAAAGUCUUUUGUUGUUAUCAGAAUUAACAGUGUACGGAAUUGUCGUGUUUCAAAACUGGAUAUGUAAAGUAAAUUUAAAAACUGACAUUAUUUAUUUCUGAUAAAAUUGUGUUUGAGAGUGAGAUAGAGAGAGAGAGAGAAUGUGUGGCUUUGUGUGUGUGUGUGUGUGUGUGUUUUGGACAUGGGAGGAGUUUUUACACUUUGGCGAGGUCCCAAUGUCCCCAAAAGAACAGGAUUAUCCAUCUGUUUUGUCCUUGUGGGGACACGUGAAGUUUUUAUUAUUUUAAAAAACUAAAAGAGCCCAAUGUUUCUUUUGUAUACUGACACUAAAGGUCACUAAGGACGGCAUUAGUUAGCUGCAUUUAAUUUAAUCAAUGCAAGGUCCUCACAAUGACAAAAAAAAUGAAUGUACGUGAGUGUGUUUUGUCAUCCAGCAAGGACAUUGCUGACCUAAAACUGUCCGUGUAAGUGAAACCGAUUGUUUUUCUCUUUGGACACAUGACAAUCUGAAGCUUGACCUCAUUAUCACAUGACUAUCUAUCACAUGCUCCACACAUUACAUCAUGGCUGAUACAAAGCAGAAUUAAACAUCAAUAAUUUCCCAAGCCUGUUUUUAAACACACCAACCGGGACCUUACAACAGCUGCUGGAAAACAUUAAAAAGUUACGCAACACAUGUCUAAGCCAGCUUCCACAGAAAUUCCAUGAAAAUUUCAACACUGAUGAUUCUGGAAAUGACUUUCCCCUGUGUGUAAUCUGUAACCCGUACGAUGUAUUUCCAGUGCACCCCCUCAGUAAUGAAUUCAUCCAUCUGUGAAAAAGUUCAGUCAUAACCAAAUCGAAACUGAUAUUAUGGUUUGGAAGUUUUUAUCCUGAUUUGUAAAGACCUAAACUUGGUGUUGUGUACAUUUGUUGCUGUCUUUUGUGAUUUUUUAUUUUAUUUUAUUAUUAUUAUUAUUAACACAACCUGAGAUCAUGCAAAUAUGUUUUAGAAAUUGUGACCAUUUUGUUGAUUUUCAUUAAGGCAAAUACAAAGCUAAAACUGCUAACUCUGGACUGUAUACUAAUACUGUGUAUACUAUGUGUAAAUCAUUCUUUAAAGAUUUUAUACCUUUUAUAGAUUGUUUUUUUUUUUGUCAUAUUUUCGUUUCCCCUUACUAUAACCCGAAACUUAAACAAUUUCAAAUUUCAUCGAACACGUCCCGAUAUGGUGCUAUUCCUCCUUAAUCACGGUUCCGACAUAAGAAACUCCUGGUGUUAAUCUCCUGAUGCUAACUAGGGUGUUUUGUUCUCAUCAUUAAAACAUACUCCAUGGUAUCUUAAA